ACCUAAUAUAACCUUACUAAUAUAUGAAGUCACCAUGCAGUGCAUUUUAAAAAAAUUAAAAAGUAAAUAAAUAUUUACAAAAUAUAUGAUAAAAUAUUAAAAUUAAAGGAAGCACGUAUGUCUUUCAAGUUUUAUAUUAAUCAUCCACAUAAACAUAAAGAUCUAAUGUUACUGGGAAUUUCAAAUAAAAUAAAAAUGGCCGCGUAUGGGACAAUUACAAUGUCUCACUGUAUUAAAUAAAUCGAAGUCACGCGUGUACGUUAAUUUAAUAGGAGGGAGAAAUAUAUUAUGCAUAUCAGAAUGAGUAUUCGAACGAGGAAAACUAUUAUCUGUGGGAUCAUUGUAUUAUUAAGUCUGUUAUACUUGUAUACGAACCGGACUUUGUAUACAAAUGAACAAAAGUAUACAAAUGUACAGAACAAGAACAUUUCUUUAAAAUUACUUCUUGUUGCCGCUAUAAGAGCGGCAGAAAUUGGUGGUUAUGAAGUGAUAGCAGUUCAUAACCAAGCUAAAUUUGAAAUACAAAGUAAAGGGAAAACGAAAGAGGGUAUAAAUGAUCCAGUAACAGAAGCAGACUAUAGAUCGCAUUGUGCAAUGUAUCAUUCUUUGCGUGAAGCAUUUCCAAGUAUAACAGUAAUAUCAGAGGAAACAUCAAAGGAUUGUGAUAAAGUUACUGUGUCAAAUAUAAAAGAUAAUAUUAAUACUUUAAAUGAGUAUGAUAUUAAGGAUGAAAUUAUAAAUACGAAUGACAUUACAGUAUGGAUUGACCCUCUUGAUGCAACAAAAGAAUUUACAGAGAAUUUGCUGCAAUAUGUUACAACCAUGGUUUGUGUUGCUAUUAAAGGAAAACCUGUAAUAGGUGUUAUAUUUAAACCAUUUGAAACAAAACAAAAUUCUAGUUUGUUUUGGUCAUGGACUAAUCACGCAAUUUCAAGAAAUUUACAAGUACUGCUUAAGUUAGAAGAUGAGAGAACACCAAUAUUGAUUGUAUCACAAUCACAUGCAGGCCAAAUUCACAAUGUUACUAAGAUUGCAUUUGGUAAAGAUGUAAAAAUUAUUUCUGCAGCAGGUGCAGGUUACAAAUUUCUAGAGGUUGUAAGUGGAAAUGUAACUGCAUAUGUUCACAUGACUGCAAUAAAAAAGUGGGACAUUUGUGCUGGAACUGCAAUUCUUACUGCACUUGGUGGAACAGUUACUCAAUUGUUUGAUCAACAGUUAAUAAGCUUUGGUCCAAAUGAUUCCAAAGUACUUACAUGGGGCCUUUUGGCUACCAUGAGUAAUCAUGCUUGGUAUUUAGAUAAAUUUUCAAAUAUUUAACAUAAAUAUUAAAUCUCCGAAUUUUAUUACCAACUUUCAAGUCAUACUUCCUGUUAAAGACUCUUUUCUAAAGAUCACAAAUAUGCUAAAGACUGGAUACCAGAGUUCAAUUUAUCCUAAGCAAAUAUUUUGUUUAAAACAUUUAUUUAAAAGUUCCAUAUUUAAUAUUCUUUUGGAAUACUUCCAAGUGAGCAUGUUCUAUACAAUAAUUUUACAUUGUAAAAAAUUAAUAUUGUACUAUUUAUUGUUGUCACAAUAUUUUAUAUAUUUUAUAGUUGUUCAUUGAUAGACUAAUUUUAGAUAAAUUCUGUGAUACUUUCAACAAGUUUUAUCUGUUCAUUUUAUUUAAAAAAAAAGAAACAAUAAAUGUUUUUCUACGAUACAUCUUGUAUAGCAAUAUUUUGUUACUGUUAAGACGAAUAAGAUACAAUGAACUUUAAGAA